UCUGACUGAGUGGGCAGCUGUGGGUGGCCGUCAAGCUGGCACGGCCAAAUGGCGGCACCAUGGUGCCUGCCGUGCCGUGUGGCCACACAACAAAUCCAAUCCAAUCCUGCCAUUUAUCUGUGUGUUGUUGAGAGUACGUGUGUGUCUGUCAUGCCAGCCAGGGAGAGAGAGUCUGAACGCAUGGCAUGGCAUGGCAUGCCCUCACCACAUCAGAAAGUCGAUUACCGAUCACAUCCCUCGAGUGUCGAGACACACUUAGUCAGUCAGUCAGUUGACGAACGAACGACCACAAACCAUACACCAACACACAUGGUACCGAUGAAUGGCAUCCGUCCCAUCCCGUCAGUCAGGGGAAGAAAGAGGUGACCUCCCUGCUGUCUUGUCUGUCUGGACUGUCGCGUUGGUAUGAGAGAGAGUGUGUGUGUGUGGGUGUGAAGAAAACAAAAUAAUGGUGUGGUGUGGGCGGGGUGGAACGAUCAUGGGAUGGAAGUCAUGUCGGUCGACACGCACAUUUGUACUGACUGACUGCGAAUAAAUAUCCCUCUCUGUCUCUCUCUGUAAUAUCCCUCCCUCUUUGUGUCAUCAUAUCAUCUCUCCCGCCAUACCCCAUUCCCCUUUAAUGGUACUGCUGCAGCCUGACACACAACACAACACAACACGCUCUCAGUCAGUUGCAUGCGGGCAUCACACGCAUGCAAUGAUUACAAUGCAUUGCAGGCCUUUCCUUCGUCCAUCCAUCCAUCCAUGUGUGUGUGUGUGUGUGGUGAGGGGCCGUCAAAAAACCUCGUCUGUCUGACCUCGCUCACUCGACGAUCGUUGAAAGAUGGAGUGACAGCCCCACACCCACACACACACCCACACCCACACACAGCACACAUACCUCCCUCCCUCCCUCCCUGUCUGGCUAUAUAUCAAAACCACUCACCCCACCGCACACACAACGCUCCCAAGACACUGAGUGAGGAGUGGUCUUAAACGUGAUAUAGAUACAUCGGUGGUCAGUGCUCACUCAGUGGUGGCGGCGGCAGGGGAGGCCUUCGGGGGGUUGGGCGUGGUGGCCUGAAGUGCCUUGACGCGCUCGAUGCGGCUCUCAAAGCGGCCGGGAGCCGCCGUCACACGCAAAGACACCUCGGCCGCCUCGCCAUCCUUGCCACCUACACACGCACAGAGAGAGAGAGAUGGACAUAUCAGGACCUGCAGGCGUCAUGUGGCUGUCUGUCUGUCUGUCUGUCUGACCAUUGCCCUGGUCUUUCGCCGGUGUGCCGUCUACGCGGCCCCUUUUCCUUUCGGCCUCCUCUGGCUGCGGGGGGUUGCUCGCGCCGCGCUUCUUGCCGCCGCCGUGGCAGGGCGACGCCGCAGUGGGCAGUGAGGCGGGUGACAUCCCCUCCUCGGCUUUGUCGUCGCUCUCGUUGCUGCCAGUGGGUGGUGAGGAGUGUGUGUGUGGGGCGGCGGCGGCGGCGGCGGCCUUGGUGGUGGUGGGCUUCUUGGUCUUGGUCUUGGGUGGUUUGGUCUUGGUCUUGCUCUUGGAGGAGGUGUUGGCGAGGUGUGUGUGGAGGUCCUGCUUGAUGGUGUCGUACCACUGCGCGUAGGUGGUCAUCCUUUGCAAGGGGGUAUGGGUGGUGUCGUCGGAGGAGCGGGGGCAGAAGGCAUAAAGGUACACGCCCUGCCACACACACACACAUUCACACACACAGAGGGAGGGUGGGUGUGCAGUGACGCUAGCUAGCGUGAGUACCUUGUCGGCGGCCUCCUUGGGGACCAUGUGUCCGUCGGGGUACAUCUCCGCCAGCAGGUUCUCCGUGUGGGAGGUGCGACGCGUCUUGACCGUCAUGCAGGGGUGGCCCACACUGCAUACACACACAUACACACACACACACACACACACACACAUCACACUCGUCCAUGCCAGGUAUGUUUGCCCCUCCCCCGUGUGUGUGUGUGUGUGUGUACCGCGGCACCCCCCAUGACGACCUCAGCGACCAGCAGUACUUGCACCCCGCCACCUCCCCCGACAGAAUCGCCGCCUUGUGCGGGUCCGUCUCAGUCGAGCACGUCGACUCGCUCCCUCCAUUCUCGCCGCUGCCGUUCCCCUUGCCAGGCCCCUCCGGCUGCUGCCCUCCCUCUCCACCGUCACACCCCACUGCAGCUGGUGCAGGGGAGGGUUCGGGUGCCGGCCCCGAGCACAGCAGCGGCAUGUCGCAUUUGGCGCAGCAAACGGGCUCCAGUGCGAGCGACUCGAGCAACUCCCGCUUCAGAAACCGGAUCUCGUCCUCCCUCUCGGCCAGCUGGCGCCUGUACAUCAAACACAACACACAGAGGGAGAGAGGGUGAGUGUGUUGGUGGGUCUCAGGUGUGUGGUGAGAGCGUACUUGAGUUGUUGUAUGGCGACCUGAGUGCGGUCGAACUGGGCCUUGGGCACUUGUAUCAUCCUCUGCAUCUGCAUCUGGUGGGUGCCGGUGCCUUGGGUGGAGGAGGGUGAGGGCGGGAUGGGGUGCAUCAUCGACAGCGACACCCCCUCGGGACCAACGUGUGUCAGGGACAUCUCUGUCUGUCUGACAGCUAAGUAGCUAUGAUGGCUAUCAACCACACUGGUCGAUGAGAUGAGAUGGAUGGCAACAAACAGGGCGUGGCGUUGAACGACCAACCAGUGAACUGCCUGCAGGAGACCACACGACACGGCACACAGGAGAGCGUUGCGUGGCGUGUGUGUAUGUGUGUGACUGCAUGGGCUGGUGGCUCAGGUGCUCUCCAUUCCACCCCUCUGUGCGUACCUUGCUCGUUCGUUAGUUGGGUGUAGUUGCUGCCUCCAGCAGCCCGACGACACGGUUUCCUUACCAAUGCCCCUGCAAACCCACCUGCCACACACCGAGGCACAGCACCACAGGUGAGAGCAUCAACGCCACGCCCAAAGGGCUGACUCCCCUCCCUCCUAACACACACCGCCCCGCCCUCCCUGACUGACCCCUCUCACACCCUCCUCACUCUCAUGCAGUCGACAGAACGGCCUUUCUCUCCCGCUGCCCAGCGAUGCAUUCCGCACCCACUGGCUGCAGCCCAUCCCUACCGCCUCUCUCAGCCUCCCUGAGGCCCUGUGCGACGGCCCUCACCUUGUGUGCGUGCAGGUGGUUCUCUUGCAGGGGUGGGAGGUGGAGAGCCGAUGCACCUGGCCGACGGAGGGCUCUCCGGUGGCUUCAGA